AUGAUCAUUUGCUCUUGGAAUGUCAGGGGUUUGAAUGACCCUGGCAGGGUAACUAAUGUUAAAAGGCUACUUAGAAAUCAUUCAAUUGAGGUUAUUGGCUUACUUGAGACUAAGGUAAAACAGGGAAAAUUCAAGAUUCUCCAGAAGAAGUUUGGGUUAUCUUGGUCUUGGGUUGAUAACUAUUCCUACUCUCAGAAAGGUAGAAUUUGGGUUGGGUGGAAUUCAGAUGUUCUUAAUCUUGAUGUUCUAACAGUCAUGAGCAGUUUAUUCAAUGUGCAGAAAGCUUUAUGGACUGGGAUUCAGAAUCUUCGUUUGCAGCAGAAUCCUUGGAUUUGUGUUGGGGACUUCAAUUCUGUUCUGUGUUCUGAUGAUAGAAUCAAUGGUAAUCCUGUUUCAGAUUAUGAGGUGAGAGAUUUUCAAGGUUUUGUAGAUAUUAUGGAAUUUUGUGAGAUUAAGAGCAAAGGUCCUUUUUAUUCUUGGUCUGACAAGGCUCAUGAGGGGCCUAGGACCUGUACUAGAAUUGAUAGGGGUUUGGUCAACCAGAGGUGGUUGGAUAUUUAUGGGCAUGUUCAGGCCCUUUAUCUUAAUCCUGCUCUUUCUGACCAUAGCCCUAUCUUGAUCGAGCUUUGUUCUGCUCCUUCUUCCCAAGGAAGGCCUUUCAGAUUCUUGAACUAUGUAGCAAAGCAUGAUCAGUUUCAGAAUACUGUUAGGGAUGCUUGGGGUAAUGUUGUGACUGGAAAUGCAAUGCUGAGAGUGUGGAAUAAACUUAAAAAUGUUAAAAGCAAAAUUAAGGAUUUGCAUUUGAAGCAUUUUGCUAAAAUUGCUGAAAGGCUUGAAGCUGCUCUUGUUGAUUUGGAUAGUAUUCAGAAUAAUAUUACUGUAAAUACUGAUAAUCCUGAGCUUCAACUUAAAGAGACUGAAGCCAUUUCUCAGGUCAAGUACUGGACUGGAAUCCAGGAAAGUAUUUAUAAGCAGAAGUCUAGAGUGGAAUGGGUGAAACUGGGUGAUGCUAAUAACCAUUACUUCUUUUCUAUGAUGAAGCAAAGACACUCUAGGAAUAGAAUUAACUCAAUUUAUAAUGAGAAAGAUGUGCUUAUUAGAGAUCCAAGUCAAGUGGUUGCUGAAGAAUUCUUUGAUACUGGGAUUAUGCAGAGGCAUUGGAACUGUACUACCAUUACUUUGGUUCCUAAAGUUUCAAAUUCUUCUUAUGUGAAAGAGUUCAGGCCUAUAGCUUGCUGUACUGUGCUGUAUAAGUUAAUUUCUAAGGUGAUAACAACAAGACUAGCUCAGGUCAUUGGAGAGGUUGUUGAUGAUGCUCAGGCAGGGUUUAUUCCUGGGAAGCAUAUUGGGGAUAAUAUCUUUCUUGCUACUGAGUUAAUUAAAGGCUAUUCACAUAGAUUCAUCACCCCAAGGUGCAUUCUCAAAAUAGAUUUGAAAAAGGCUUAUGAUUCCCUUGAAUGGAGCUUCUUAAGGGCUGUUAUGGAAGAGAUGAGUUUCCCUAAGCACUUUAUUGAUUGGGUUAUGGGGUGUAUUACUUCUGUUUCCUUCUCAAUUCUCUUAAAUGGGUUUCCUAGUGUUCCUUUUGAUAAGUUUUCUAAGGCUUCUGGUUUGUCUGCAAUUUUGGAUGAGAAUGAGGUGUUCUUUGGUGGUGGUAGUGAAGAUGAGCAACAGAUUUUAAGAGAUGCUCUUGGUGUGUCCCAGGGCAAUCUUCCUUUUAGGUAUCUUGGGGUACCUUUGUCUUCAAAGAAGCUUACUAUAAACCAAUGUAGGCCCUUGGUUGAAAAAGUUACUGCUAGAAUCACAAGCUGGACAGCUAGGCAUCUUUCUUAUGCUGGUAGGAUCCAGUUGGUGAAAGGGGUGCUUUUUGGGAUCCAAACUUAUUGGGCUCAAAUUUUUAUCCUUCCAAAGAAAAUCCUUAAAGAACUUGAGGCUAGGUUUAGGUCUUUUCUUUGGACUGGAACAUCUAAUUUCUCAAGGAGAGCUCUGGUGGCUUGGGAUACAGUUUGUUUGCCUAAAGUAAGUGGAGGGUGGAAUGUCCUUUCUCUUCCAAUUUGGAACAAAGCAGGUGUGACUAAGUUACUCUGGGACUUGUCUCACAAAGCUGACAAUUUGUGGGUGAAAUGGUUUCAUAUCUACUACUUUAAAGGAAGGGAUUGCUGGGAUUUCCCUAUUCCUAUGAAGUGCUCUUGGGUGCUUAGGAAAAACCUGCAGUGUAGAGAGGUUGUAGAUAGUGUAGGGGGGUGGGGUAACUUUGUUCAAGGUACUGUGAUGAAGAUUAGGAAGCUUUAUGCCUUUCUUAGACCCCAAAGUCAGAAAGUUGAUUGGAGAAGAUUGGUUUGCAAUAAUAGAGCUACUCCUAAGAGUGUCUUCAUUUUGUUGCUUGUUCUUUGGAACAGGUUGGUGACAAAGGAUAGGUUAUUAACUUGGAAUAUCCACUGUGAUCCUAUCUGUUUGCUUUGUUUACAGAAAGCUGAAACAGUUCAGCACUUGUUGUUUGAAUGUUCCUAUGCUCAUAAAGUGUGGAAAGAUGUCUUAAAGAUUCAGCAUUAUAAUAGGCAAAUUUUGCACAUUGCUGAUGAAAUCAAGUGGUUGAUGAAGAAUUGCAAAGCUAAGAAAGGGUUGUUGAUUAUGGGUUUUGCUGAGACGGUAUACAACAUUUGGAUUCAAAGGAACUCGGUUGUUUUUAAUGGAGUCUGUAAACCUGCUGAAAUUGCUGUCCGAGAUAUUGUCUUUAAUAUGGCUUGUAGGUGUUAUGAGUCAGAUUAUGCUUUACUUGUUAGCUAG